AUGGAGGCUCCCUAUGAUGGCACUGAAGUGACUGUGGUGAUGGAGGAGAUAGAAAGCACUUACACUUAUGCGUCGCCAGUGCCAUCCAAGAAGAAGAAGAAAUAUAAAAGUGCUGGUGAUCAUGGAGAAAAAGCCAAAAAGCCUAGAUCUGCUUACCUUCUCUACUAUUAUGAUAUUUACUUGAAAGUACAGCAAGAGCUCCCUCACCUCCCUCAAUCUGAAAUCAACAAAAAGAUCAGUGAGAGUUGGAGAUUGCUCAGUGUGGCUGAAAAAAGCUACUACUUGGAGAAAGCCAAGCUAGAGAAAGAGGGAUUGGACCCGAACUCCAAGGUGUCCAGUCGAACUGCAGUAGUUCCAGACAUUCCAGGCUUCCGUAAGAUUCUCCCUCGCUCCGAUUAUAUAAUUAUUCCCAAAGCCACUCUUCAGGAAGACAGGAGCAGGCAACCACUGGAACUGUGUGUGACACAGAGCCCAGCAGCACCCGAGGGGUUACCAGCUCCCACGAGCAUCACCAGUGUGUCCCGUGAGGCUGUGCAGAACAUCCUGUCUGUGGAACCGAGCCAGAGCCAGGCUGGAGUCUCGGAGCAGUGCAUUGCCAUCGAGGGGCUGGCAGAGGACACUGCAGCCUUUGGACAGCCCGAGGCUGCAGAAGAAGCUGUUGCCUCGGAGGUUCUCUCUCACUAUGUUGGGCCUGUGACAGAGAAAGUGGCUGGAGAUAUCCUCUUGGAUGAGGCUUCGUUGGAAAUAGAAGGACAACCAUACCAGACAGCCCGGGUGGUUAUUGAGGAGACUCUGGUUAGCAGCUCCACAGACAUCUCCAAUGGGAGCAUUGCUGUGGCCCGUCCCCAGGUGCCUGAUGGUGUGUCUGUGGUGACUGUGGUGACUGGGAGGGAUACUGAAGAAAGUAGCUCCUCCACACCUGCGACACAGUUUAUCAUGUUACCUCUGCCAGCUCAUUCUGUGGUGGAGAACCCAUCGUCGAUUAAAUUGACAACCACCUAUACUCGCAGGGGACAUGGGAAUUGCACCAAUCCUGGCUGUUCCUUCACUUAUGUCACCAGGCAUAAGCCACCAAAAUGCCCAGCAUGUGGGAACUUCCUGGGAGGGAAAUGGAUCCCAAAGGAAAAGCAACCAAAAAGCAAACCUGAGCCGAAUUCAGGCACCUCUCUUAAGACUCCAGCUGUUAAAAGAGGGCAGCAGUCAGUCCUCCCAGAGCCGCCAGCCGUCAGCGAGAGUUCCUCCAGAUGUGCCUCGGAGAGCUCCGAAGCUGUCAGCCAGCUGCUCAGUGCUGUGCCUGUCGGGGGGCAGAUGCCAGAGACAGAGUGGGAGGAAGUGGUCAUCUCUGAGGCUCACGUUCUUCCAAACAAUGUGCUUGCUGAAGACAGGCGGAAUGCUGUUGGAGUGGUGCUGGGUCAGGAGAGCCAACAACAGCAAGGAGACACUGCUUCAGAGCAGGCAGAGAAAGAGAGCACAGGGCUGGGCAUGACACAGUCACCUGAGGUGCUGAGUCCAAAUUCCUCUGUGAAAAAGCCAGUGGGAACUGAUGCACCAGCUGCUACUCACAAAGGACAAGAAGUAAAGAGUAAACCAAGACCCAAGCCCUCCUUGCUGGCUGCAGCCAGACCCAUGCGAGCCAUUCUGCCCGCGCCAGCCAGCGUGGGGAGGGAGGCCAGCACGGAGAGCAGCAGGCAGACCUUCACCAAUACUGACAAGCAUUCCCCUGUGAGAACAUCAGGCUUGAAGCCCAGUACACUGAAACAAUUGGGCCAGUCAGUUCUGCAGCCACCAAGUGCCGAGGAGCGAAAGCUCCACAGUGCUGUGACCAACAGGGCAUCUCAGGUUAAAGUCGUGGAGGUCAAACCAGACAUAUUCCCUUCCUACAAGUACAGCUGCACUGUAACUUUGGAUUUGGGAUUGGCAACAUCACGUGGCAGAGGGAAGUGCAAGAACCCCUCUUGUAGUUAUGUGUAUACAAACAGGCACAAGCCACGCAUCUGUCCAAGCUGUGGAUACAACCUUGCCAAAGACAGGACUGAGAAAACAGCAAAAUCCCUGGAGGUCAGUCCAGGUCAGUCUGAUGUGUUGAACACCAGUGAGCCCCUAACCCCAUCCCAGAAGGAAAUCCAGCGCCAAUCCACCCUGCAGCUGCUGCGCAAGGUGAUGCAGAUCCCUGAGAACGAGUCGGAGCUGGCUGAGAUCUUCACACUCAUCCACGAGCUCAACAGCUCACGGCUCAUCCUGUCCAACGUGAGUGAGGAGACAGUCACCAUAGAGCAGACCUCCUGGUCAAACUACUAUGAGUCUCCGUCUGCACAGUGCCUGCUCUGUAACAGCCCCUUGUUCAAAGGGGGACACAAUUCCCUUGCUGGUCCCCAGGAGUGCUGGCUGCUGACAGCUAAUCGAUUGCAGGUGGUUACAGCUCAGGUCAAAGUGUGCUUAAACCUGCAGUGCCUGGCCCUCCAUAGCUUCACUGAUAUUUACACAGGCCUUUUCAAUGUGGGUAACAAGUUGCUAGUGAGCUUGGAUCUUCUGUUUGCAAUCCGAAACCACAUUAAACUUGGAGAGGAUCCCAGAGUGGCUGUUGGCAAUAUUCUCAACUCUGUUCAGGAGCAAACUGAUAAAAGCCUGAGCCCUGAUGAGCAGGUUCAGCUCCAGGAACUGCUGUGCAAUGGCUACUGGGCCUUUGAAUGCCUAACAGUCCGGGAUUACAAUGACAUGAUCUGUGGAAUCUGUGGCAUAACCCCCAAGGUGGAAAUAGCCCAGAGGAAUGUGGAAAAUGUCCUGGCACUGAAAAAUAUAGAGUUUACUUGGCCAGAAUACUUGCCAUCAAGUGAAGUGAAUGUAGAAGACUUCUGGUCCACAAUGGAGACAGAGGUGAUUGAACAGGUGGCUUUCCCUUCUAGCAUCCCCAUCACAAAGUUUGACGCCUCUAUUGUUGCUCCUUUCUUCCCUCCACUGAUGAGAGGAGCAAUGGUGAUCAACACUGAGAAGGACAAGAGCCUGGAUGCACAGCCAGUGCCAGGUAAUGGGAGUGCCUUGGUGAGACUCCUUCAGGAAGAAAUCUUCAAGCUUGAGCUGAUAAACUCUUAUAGUGAGGAAGAGCUUCAGACUUUUCUGACACAGUGUGGCAUCCCCUGGGAGGCUUCAAAUACAAAGGACCAGCUCUGCUACUCCCUGCUGGCUCUCUAUGAGUUUGUACAGAAUGGGACAAGCAUCACACCACCCUCUGCUCAUCACACGGGAGGGAAAAUCUACAAAGUGUGUCCACAUCAGGUUGUGUGUGGCUCAAAGUACAUAGUAAGAGGAGAAUGUGCUCGGGAUCAUGUGGACUUGUUGGUUUCCUCACGUCACUGGCCUCCAGUGUACGUUGUGGAUACAGCCUCUUCAGUGGCACUGUGUGCAGACCUCUGCUGUCCUGGCCUGACUUCCCAGAUGUGGGGGAAGAACCAGGGCUGCUUCUCUGACCCCAUGGAUCCUCCAACGUAUGUGUCCUGCCCUGAACUGCUAGACCAGCAGUACAGCGUAGACAUGACGGUGGCUGAGCACUCUGUUCAGCACCCAAUCACCAAAUCCUCCGCACGCCGGAUUGUCCACACGGGUUCAGAGCAGCACAGCCCCCAAGAUCCAACAGCUCAGCAUCACUGCAUCUCCCUGUGCCGAGAGCUGGAGCCUUACAGCGCUGUCAUCGCUGCCAUCAGCGACAGCAAAACGAGCAACAUCCGCCAAAGGCCCAUCACCUUUGAGAACCCCACACACUAUUACCUCUACAACCGCCUCAUGGACUUCCUCACCAGCAGGGAGAUCGUGAACCGGCAGAUCCAGGAGAUCGUGCAGAGCUGCCAGCCGGGGGAGGUGGUGAUCCGCGAUGCUCUCUACCGGCUCGGAGUGGCCCAGAUUAAAACAGAAACAGAAGAGGAUGAAGAGGGGAAGCAGGAGGAUGACAGAGGUUGCUGA